CACUGCAAGCAGAUUUCAUCCGCGGCUGCUGGGUCCAGGGGUCAUCGUGAUGCAUUCGCUGUUCAAGAAAAGAAACAAAGGGAAAUACAGCCCAACAGUUCAGAAGAAGAGCAUUUCCAGUAAGGAAUUGUCAGAACUGAUUGAGAAGUUACAGAAAAAUGCCGACCAGGUGGAGAAGAACAUUGUGGAAGCAGACUCGAAGAUGCAAAACGACCUACACAAGCUGAAGGCCGGCCAACCUGCUCAGUUCCAGGACCACACAGCGGAUAAGCUGAUAGAAUCCGAUAAACUCCUUUACGUCUUGGAUGGGGACGCGGCUAUCGCUCGCCACAUGAAACACCCCCAAGGGGACAUGAUCACGGAAGACAUCCGGCAACUGAAAGAGAGAGUAGGGAACCUGCGUGUGAAACAUGACCAGAUCUACAACUUCACCCCACAAGAAAUUGAACCACAAGUCAACUGGUUGACAGUGAUGGAAGAGAAACAGGAAAUACUGAACAGCAAGGGCUUUGGAACGGACUUGCCAUCAGUCAACGGUCAGGUGGAAGAGCACAACAUCUUCCACAAUGAGGUGAUGGCCAUCGGGCCGCACAUCAGCAAGGAAGGCGACAAGGAAUAUAUGAGUGGGCUCCAGGUGAAAUACCAGAAACUGCUGUCAGGAUCCCAACAGAGGCAGCAGGAUCUGAACUCGCUGCAGGAUUACAUGCAGCGUUGCACCAACAAGCUAUACUGGCUGGAUCAGCAAGCUAAGGACAGGAUGCAGUAUGACUGGAGUGACCGUAACCUUGACUAUCCUAGCAGACGGCGCCAGUAUGAGAAUUUCAUCAAUCGGAAGUUGGAAGAGAAAGAGGCAGCCAUCAACAAACUGCACGAAGAUGGGAACAAGCUAUUGGCUGAAAGCCAUCCUGGGAAGAUCCCCAUCGAGGCUCACAUUGAGGCAGUCCAUGCCGACUGGAAGGAGUAUCUCAACCUGCUCAUCUGUGAGGAGAGCCAUCUCAAGUUCAUGGAGGACUAUCACCAGUUCCAAAAAGAUGCUAAGGAUGCCCAGGACCUCCUCAGAAAAGUGGACACAGACCUCGACCAGAAAUAUAGCCCGGAUUUCAAGGAUCGAUACCAAAUCGAGUCAUUGCUGCGGGAACUAGAGGACCAGGAGAAGGCCUUGGACAAGUACGACGACGUGGUGACAUCCCUGCAGAAGCGCAGUCAGCAGGUGCUCCCUCUGAAGUACCGCCGGGAGACCCCCUUGAAGCCCAUCCCAGUGGAGGCUCUCUGCGACUAUGAAAACGAGCAGUGCCAGAUAUUUCGUGGGGCCAGAUACACGCUGCACAAGAACAGCGGUGACGUCUGGGAGGUCACCGAUAGCACAGGAAAUGUGAUCAACGCUCCGGGCGUCUGCUUUAUGAUCCCCCCUACAGAUCCUGAUUCCUUAACCCACGCUGACAACAUUGCUGGUCAGUAUCAGAGCGUGAAACAGAAGACAGCCGGCACAAAGAACCUCCUGCAACAGCGUUACGAUGGGCUGAAGGCAGACAGCAUUGGAGAUGCAGCAUCUGUACAGGGGCGACACCUGUUGGCCGGGCUGGAGAAAGUGAACAGCGAGUUAGAGAAGCAGGAGAAGGCCAUCACGGCCAACCUGCGGCCCCCGCUAGAGCAAAGUCGAGCGGUCCAAGAUAGUGCGGAGCGGUCCAAGGACCUUAAGAACAUCACCAAUGAGAUCCACCGCAUCGAGCCGGAGAAAGCCCGCAAGGUCCAGGAAUGCGAAGCCUUCCUCGAGUCGCUGCCCGACGCCGGCAGCGCCACUUUGGUGAAGAACAAGGCGGAAGAAACCCACAACAAGUACAACCACGUGGUUCAGCUGCUCAACGCCGCCCAGGACAAAGUGGAUGUCGCCAAUCGCCUGGAGGAGAGACUGCAGCAAGGGAGAGACCUGCUUUCUGGCUAUGAGAACAAAUUAGCCAUUGAGGACACGAUUCCAGAGGACAUCCGCGCCCUGGAGCGCAAGAGAGAAGAGUUGCUGGCGCUGGGUUCCGAGCUCCAGGCCCACCGGCCCUUGCUGAAUGAGGCGGAGCAGGACUUGCAGACGGCCAAGAAGUGCUCCAGCGCCCUGGCCAGCCAGUUCCAAGAGCACUGCCCGGACAUUGAGCGCCAGGAAGCCGAGCUCCACAAACUCAGCCACCGAUUCGGCAACCUCAGCAAGCAGAUUGAUCACAGAUCUCAGGUGCUAGAGAAGGCAAAACUGGCCUAUUCCAACUACCGGAGCGGCUAUGACAACCUGAGCCAGUUCCUUCGUAAUGUGCCGAGCUAUGAGCCUCAAGAAACGGACAACAUCAGUCAAGUGGAAACCAAGCUGAAGAACCAAAGGUCCCUUCUGGGAGACAUUGCAAGCAAGGAUCAAGAGGUCCAGAAAGUCUCCGCUGAGGCUCAGCAUUAUCAGCAGGCGGUGAAGGACUACGAACUAGAAGCGGAGAAGCUGAGAUCCAUCCUGGACCUGGAAAGCGGCCGCAAUGGCUUCUUGAGCAAGAGACCCAGACUCCAGUCUCCGGCGGCAAAAGUGAAAGAAGAGGAAGCUGUCCUGGCUGCAAAGUUCACCGAGGUGCACGCUAUCAACAGACAAAGGCUGCAAAACCUGGAAUUCGCCCAGAGUCUCCUGAGACAACAGCCGGAGAUCCACGUGAUGCAGGAGUCCACUCAGACCAGCAAGUCACAGAGGCCGCUGGAAGAAAUCUGGAAGCUAAAGAAGGAGCUGGACGAUGAGAGCCAAUGCAGACAACAGCUGGAAGCCGAGAUCAAGGUCAUCCAGGAGAACAUCCGCCUCCUGCAGAACCAGAAACCUCAGGAGACGGUGGUCAAGAAGGAACUGGUGAAGAAAGUGCCUGACCCGCAGCUGGACGAAAGCUUCCACAAGUUGCAGCAGAACUUGGCAGAGGAGGAACGCAAGAACCAGGAGCUGCAGGAGGAACUGGAGGCCCUGAAGCUCAAGCUGAGAGUUCUGGAGCACGAGCGGAGAGAAGGUGGGCAGGAGUACGUGGUCAAGGAGGUCCUGCGGAUUGAGCCGGAUAAGAGGCAGGCCGAGCAAAUCCUGAAGCUGAAAGAAGAACUGGACGACCUCAAGAGGCAGGAAGGGAGCCGGGAGAACGAAAUGGUCCUCUUGCGCCGACAGAUCGCCGCUCUUUCCAGUGAGAAGUCGAAGGAGCAGGAGAAGGUGACCGAAAGGGAAGUGCUAAAGCUGCAGAACGACCCCAAGCUUGAGAUGGAAUAUCAGCAGCUGCAGGAGAACAAGCAGAGGGAGAGCGCCCUGAGGCAGCAGCAAGAGGAAGAGCUCAGCUUCUUGCAAGCCAAGCUGAAGCGGCUGGAGAAAGAACGGGCCAUGGCUGAGGGCAAGAUCACCGUGAAGGAGGUGCUGAAAGUGGAGAAGGACCUGGCUACGGAACGGGAAGUGAACGAGCUGCGGCGCCAGUAUGAAGAGGAGAAGGCCAAAGGGCGCUCUAAUGAGAGAGAGAAAGCUGACCUGCUCAGGAAGAUCCAGGCCCUGGAAGAGGAGAAGGCCAAAGUGGUUGUCCAGGAGAAGGUCCGGGAGAUUGUUCGACCAGACCCCCAGGCUGAAAACGAAGUGGCCAACCUCCGCCUGCAGCUGGUGGACCAGGAGAGGAGAUACCAAGGCGGGGAAGAGCAGCUGAAGACCUGCCAGAAUGAGCUGGCUGUCCUGAGGAACAGGGGGCCGCAGGUGGAAGUGCAAGAGAUCCUCAAGGAAGUGAUCAAGUACAAGACCGACCCAGAGACCGAGAUGGAGCUGCAGCUGCUCAGGGAUGAGAUCAUGGACAGGACCAGAGCAAUCGAGAGAGCGGAUCUGGAGAUCUAUCAGCUGAAGCAGGAAAUCCAGACGCUGAAAAAUGCCGAGCCUCAGGUCCAGACCAAGGAAGUGGUGCAGGAGGUGGUGCAGUACCGCGAAGAUCCCCAGACCAGAGAAGAGGUGGAGUCCCUGAGAGCUCAGCUGGCCGAAGAGCAGAAGAAGCACAUGGACCUGGAGAGGGAGAGGCAGCUGCAGGAGGAGAAGAUCCGGCAGAAGGAGGAGGAGCUCUUGCAAGUGAGGGAGAAGGUGGUGCAGCAGGAAGUGGUGAAGCUGGAACAGGACCCUGCCUUGAAGGCAGAGGUCAGCUCCUUCUCGCAGAGCAUCGAGAACGAGCUGCAGCAGAUCGACUCGCUUCGGAAUGAGAUGCGCAAGCUGCAACGGCGGAGGUCAGAGCUGGAGCGCCAGCUGGCUGAGCUGGAGAAAGAGAGGCAGGCCCGCCGGGAGGCGGAGCUGGAGGUACAGCGGCUGAGGAUGAGGCUGAGCGACCUGGAGCAGCAGGAGAAGGAGACGAUGGAAAGAGUUACCGUGAAGCAGAAAGUGAUCCUUCAGCAGGAUCCGCAGCAGGAGAAAGAGCACGCUCUGCUAAAGCUGGAAUUGGAGGAGGAAAAACACCGGAGGCAAGUCCUGCAGGCUGAGCUGGAAGCCCAGCGGAAGAAACUGCAGUCUCUGGAGAAGAUGGAGGUCAAGGAGAAAGUGGUCUUCUCAGAGAGUGUCCAGGUGGAGAAAGGAGACACCGAAUAUGAGAUUCAGAAGUUGAAGAACAGCCUGGAGGAAGAAAGCCGGAGGAAGAUGGAACUGGAUGCAGAUAUCAAUAGGCUGGAGGCCAAACUAUCCGAAGUGGAGUUCAACAACUCCAAGUCUUCCAAGGAGCUGGACUUUUUGAGGGAAGAAAACCACAAGCUUCAUCUAGAGAAGCAGAACCUCUUGCUGGAGAUGAGAAGGCUGCAGUCAGAAAUCGAACUCACUGUCACAGAAGCCCAGGAUUUGAGGAACAUGUCGCAGGUGGACAGCAGAGUGAACCUGGACUCCCGGUUUCAAACUCUGGAGAGGGAGCUGGAAGAUCUCAAGAGGUUAUCUCGAGAAAAGGACGAUGAGAUUGAACACCUUCAAACCCGCCUCCAGACAGUGGCCAUCAAGAGAGAGCAGAGAGAGAAUCACUUGAGGCGUUCCAUCGUGGUCAUCGAUCCAGACACCGGGAAAGAAAUGUCUCCAGAAGAAGCUCACAGAUUCGGGCUUAUUGAGUGGAGCUUGUACGUCAAGUUGAAGAGUCAAGAAUGCGACUGGGAGGAGAUCUCAAUGAAAGGGCCCAACGGAGAAUCUUCGGUCAUCCUUGACAGAAAGUCGGGGAGGAAGUUCUCCAUUGAAGAUGCCCUGAAGAGCGGUAGGUUGACCACAGCUCAGUAUGACAGUUACAUCAACAAGCAAAUGUCUAUCCAAGAGCUGGCUGUUUUGGUGUCUGGACAAAAAUAGCUGCUUCAGCCUCAGAGAGGGGAUUUAAAAA